CAGGGAGCUGGGGGGCUGGGCUGAGGUUCCCAUGUAUAAAUAGUGUGAUCUCAAAUUGAAAGGCAUAAAUAACAGCAGGAGUGAUCUAACCCUAUGCAGUUCAUCCUCGGCGUGAAAAAAAAAAACAAUAAAAAGCUUCCAAGGGACGUUUCGCCCUCCCAGUGCAAGGCGCAGGGAUCACUGUGGAUAGGAACUGUAAGGUUCUGCUGGGCAGCUAUGGAAGAACUUACAGCUUUUGUAUCCAAAUCGUUUGACCAAAAAAGCAAAGAAAGUAACGGCGGUGGCAGCAGCAAGAAGGAGACAAUUACCUACCGGGAAGUUUUGGAAACUGGUUUGGCUCGGGUGAGGGAGCUGGGCAACUCUGAGACUAACCUCCAGGACAUCACUGACACCAGCAACCACUGCCCGCUGCACCUCUAUAAAGAGCACGGCGCCGACAGCGACAAGGACAAACUGAAGGACUACGGUUCGACCAGGGUGUCGGAAGGGAUCUAUGAGUGCAAAGAGAAGAGGGAUGAUGUAAAGUCAGAGGAUGAAGAUGGACAGACUAAGCUGAAGCAGAGGAGAAGCAGAACUAAUUUUACACUAGAGCAGUUAAAUGAACUUGAGAGGCUGUUUGAUGAGACCCACUAUCCUGACGCCUUCAUGAGAGAAGAGCUGAGCCAGAGGCUGGGAUUAUCUGAAGCCAGGGUCCAGGUUUGGUUCCAGAAUAGGAGAGCAAAAUGCAGAAAACAAGAAAACCAAAUGCACAAAGGUGGGUAUGGUGUGAUUUUAGGAACGGGAAGUCACUUAGAAACCUGCAGAGUUGCUCCAUAUGUGAACAUGGGAGCCCUGAGGAUGCCUUUCCAGCAGGUACAAGCCCAGUUACAGUUGGAAGGAGUAGCCCAUGCACAUCCUCACCUCCACCCACAUCUGGCUGCCCAUGCUCCGUACCUGAUGUUCCCUCCUCCACCCUUUGGACUUCCAAUUGCAUCUUUGGCUGACACAGCAUCUGCUGCAGCUGUGGUAGCAGCAGCUGCUAAAAGCAACAGCAAAAACUCCAGUAUUGCUGACUUACGACUCAAAGCCAGAAAACAUGCUGAGGCUUUGGGCCUUUGACACUUAUAGCCAUUGAAAAAUCAAUGUACUGAAUUCCGUUUUAGACCUCUAAGAGACUCUCCAAGCACCAAAUCUGUUGGUAAAAUGCUUUGCAAAUGUAUACAAGUGACACACAGACAUUUAUAAGGCUAUACCUGUUUCUUUAAAAGAUCGGAAAGGAUCACAAAGGAUUCACUACUACACAGGGCAUCAUUUGGGCUGGCUCAGAGAAGCUGAAAGGCUUGAAGUUAAGAAUUAUUUUUGUUGCAAGUUUUUGGCCAUGUUAUUUCUGAACUGGAAUUUCAGUUGAAAGUGAUUCAGAAACUUUACCCAAGCUGUGGACAGACAUGUGGACAUACAUUUAGGACUCUGAAAUAUAGAAUUUUUUUUAACCCCUGAAAAGGUUUUUCUAACUUCAGCAAUGCAUCAUCAGCUACUUUCAGUUUUAAAAUCUUGUGCAUGUGUCUAAGCAAACAAAUUUGGAAAAUCAUAUAAAUAUAUAUGCGUAUAUGGUAAAUAAGAGAUUUCUGGGGCUGGUUCCCCUCUAAACUGGCAUUUCUUUGUUGCCAAUGGUAUUAUUUCACUGCCACGAGAAUCUUCCAUCCCAAUAGCAGGAGUGGUUGCUCAUUAAAAGUAGAGUUACAGACACACCCUGUGUUAUAUGUAAUAACCUUAUUGCAAAAGCAGGCAGCAAUAAAUUUGUUUUGGCCUCCAACUGUCAUAUUUUUUAGAAAAAGAACACAACAUGUUUUGUGGUGGUUUGGAAACAGAACAUAUCCAUAAUUCCAUAGAAAAUGUAGACUUUUUUGUUUUACAAAACACCACAUUUUGUAAAAUGACCUGUAUGUUACCAUCCCCAGAUCCAUAUGUGAUUUAUUGGUCCCAACCCUGCAACAUACUGAGAUGAAGAUGUCCCUCUGGUGUUAGGAAAUAAUAUUGAUAAAGCAUCGGUGUUGGUAAAUGCAAUGAAGCGCAGUAAAGUGCAAUACUGUAAAUAUUAUAGAUUUAAAGAUUGAAAAUGGAAAGUUAAGAUGUUGAUAAAUACAUUUGCAUUCACCAAGAUUUAGCACUUUGUGCUUCAUUUGUGUGAUGCAGUACAUUGCCAAAUGAGUGUAUUGCUUAGCAAUGGAUAAAAUUGUCUUAUGUCGUCUAUAAUGUAUGAAAAAGUAAGGAUACCAUGAUUUUAGUGCAGUGACUAUGUGCCAUAUAAUUCAGAAUUAAGCUAAAGUAUCCGGCAUGAUGAUCUUUUCAAUGUGACCGGACAAAACAAUACACAGAAUGAAGUAUAACUUUGAGAUGUACCCUUUUAUUUGACCAUUGCUAUAAGACUGCGGUGCAGGGCAGAACUGCACCUUUAUGGGAAAAAUAACAAACAGACCCUGUUAAUACAGAUACCAAAGUGUUUCGUUUUUUUUUUAAAUCCUUAAUUUCUAUAUUUUUGGUCCCACUAUUCAUGCUGUGAUUUCAUUCAAAAUCAUUAUUAGCCCUGUGUACCUCUAAAGAUAAAAAUACAGAAUUUCAUCAUUGCGUUUAGUACAUCCAAGACAGGCAAAUCAUUCUGUUCCUUUGUAAAGCUGUAUGUGGAAAUUUUAUUUAUUAUUUUGUUUGAAAUUUUAUAAUGUGUAAUAUUUUAAUUAUGUUGAGUGUAAAUUUUACGAUGCUUUGCAUUUAUUUUUAUAUUUUGGAAACCCAUUGCUUUUGCAAAAAAACAAAACAAAAAAAAGGAUAGGCUCAGCCUUGUUUGCAAAAUUACAUUUUUUUUUUGGUUUUACACUAAUGCAGAUUUUGCGCAAUGGAAUACAAUGGUGCAUUAAGAAUUUCCAUUUUCAAGUGGUACAUAACUUAGGCUACAUCUGUUUGCAUAGCGUUUAUAAAUCAACAGGCAUUUCAGGGAUUAAGGAUAUGAACAGCCUGUCAAAAUCUUAAUGGUCUUAACAUUUCUAGCCAACUGUCAUAAUGCAUAUAUUUUUUUAUUUUCCUUGCCAUAUUGCCAUGCCAGCAUGCUUUUACACAGGUUCACAGAACAUUACCUUCAGUUUGAGAGUGUAUUUUGUUAGAUCACAUUGUAUGAAUGUACAUCUCGUACAGCAAGUGGAAUAUGAAUAAACCUAUAAAUAUUUGCAAAGA